AUGCAAGAACUCCUCGAUCGUGGCGCACAGACAGAGUUCCCCGUUGGACAAGCUAAGCUGCACACAGCGAUUCAGGUGCCAGCUAGGGCUGGCCAAGCCGAGGUAGCCAAGUUCCUUCUGCCAACAGUUUCUGACAUUGACUUCUCAGCGUCGGAAAGCCCUUCAGCAUUGUAUCUCGCUGCCCUUUCCGGGUCAUAUGAAACGUUUAAGCUUCUUGUGGAUCACGGUGCCAACGUUCACCUUCUCAGCUUUGAUGGGUUCAGCCAUGCAUGUUGCCAACCACCCGGACACUGUUCGCCUUCUCUUGAAAAUGGGUGUUCCUGUCGAUAUUUUAAACUAAGAAGACUCCAAAACACACCAAAAUGGCGCUAUCACACCGUUGUUGAAGGCCUGCACUGA